AUGUCUACUCCUCGAAGCGGCGGCAGUGUGAGUUCCAGGGGCUCUUCGUCCCGAUACCAGGAGACGUCUCGGUCCUCCAUCCAGCAACUGGUAGAAUCGCUCAACACCCACCGCAUCAACACCUUGACGGAGCUCUGCCGCAUCGAGCGCAUUGCCGCGGCCUGCGACUCCGAGGCUGACGCACGGGCCUUUCAGCAACCCAUGACUUCGGCCUGGAUCCACUACGUUACGAGCAACCAGUUCCUCAUGGAGCUCCGCGGCCUUACGCGGAACUAUCCGCUCAGUGCGGACAUUGUUGCCGAAGCCCAUCGCCGCGUGCGUUCCGACCCGGAGAGCAACCGCAGCUGGAACCUGGCCUGGCUGUGCCUGACGCGGAUGCGCGACGACGGGCUGGUGAGGAUCUUUUCGGACACGGAGGCGCGCAAGCCUGAGAUGUGGGGAGGCAAGGUGCCGAGCGAGAAGAUGGUGCAGCAGCUGGCCACUUGCUUUGAGGACGAGUGGAGGACUGCGAUUGAGACGAUGCUGCGGCACUGGGCGACGCAGCCGACCUGGUACUAA